CACAGCGCUCCUGGCACAGCCUGGCCCAGAGCUGGGAGCGCAGCGCGCGGACCCGGCCGUGGCACGGGGCGUCAGCGGACUCACAGACAGACGCGAGAGCCUGGGAUUGCGCUGAGAGCAGGUCCCAGGUUGUCUGCUUUAUCGUCCUCUAGCAGUCCCCAUCAUGUGUGAGACGGGCACGAUGGCCCCUGAACCAUCCAGCCCGGGGUCCUAUGAUGGGGAGUCUUCAGACACAUAUCUCCAGGUUGAUCGCUGGCAGAGACUACGCACAGCUGUCCGCAGGCUAGAAUUCUGGGAGAACUUUGAUGCUGAACUUAUCGGGAGUGGCUUCUUCUCUCAGGUCUACAAGGUGACCCAAAGUGCGACCUGCAAGGUGAUGGUGGUGAAGAUCUAUAAGAAUGAUGUGGAUCAACUGGUCAUCCUGAGAGAGAUCAGCUUGCUGCAGAAGCUGUCCCACCCCAACAUUGUCAGGUACCUUGGCAUCUGUGUGAGGGAUGAGAAGCUGUAUCCGAUCCUGGAGUAUGUAAAUGGUGGCUGCUUGGAAGAACUGCUGGCCCGGCCCGAGGUACCUCUGAGCUGGAAGGAGAAGGUGGCUCUGGCCUGUGACAUAACCAGGGGCAUGGUGUAUCUACACUCCAAGAAUAUUUAUCAUCGGGACCUAAACUCCAAGAACUGCCUGAUCCGUGUUACACCUCGGGGCCGGGAGGCCCUGGUUACUGAUUUUGGCCUGGCCCGGGAAGUGGUGGAGAUGCCUGCCACAGACCCUGAGAGGAAGCUGUCCCUGGUGGGCUCUGCCUUCUGGAUGGCCCCUGAGAUGCUCCGGGGGGAGCCAUAUGACCGGAAGGUAGAUGUGUUCUCAUUUGGCAUUGUCCUUUGUGAGAUCCUGGGUCGGAUUCCUGCUGACCCUGAGGUUCUUCCGCGGACACAGGACUAUGGACUAGAUGUGGCUGCAUUCCAAGGGAUGGUCAGUGAGUGCCCCUCACAUAUCCUAGAUUUGGCCGCCAGCUGCUGCCGGUUGGAAGCCUUGAAGCGGCCAUCCUUCACAGAGCUGCUGGAAGAACUGGAGGAGAUGGCCGAGAUCCUGGACUCCCAGACAGCCAGUUAGCUUUUGGGGUGUGGACUUUGGUGCCUGCUCCCCCUGACCCUCCUGUAGGGACAGACAGGGCUUCCCCAUGUGACUGAGCCAUAAGCAGAUCCAGAAGGGGACAAUUCCCUGCCUCAACCUUCAUGGACUUGUUGUGCUUGCACCGCCGGCUGUUUUCUCAGAAGAUUUGGUGACAAAGGAGUUCAGCAGAUAAUACAGAGAGAUACAGAGAGUUAUUACAGAAAUAACUCAGAUGGGAACAUUUUCUGGGCUCUUUUGAAGCAAAAGACUUAAAAGACUCAUUUGUAAUAUAAAUAACCAGAAGUGCUCAGAGGAUGGAUAGAGAUGGUCAGGUGCCAGAAUUCUACUUUUCCCUGUGGGUUCCAUCCUGGACACCCUGGAACCUCCCAAACCAAGGGCCAACACUCCGUUUGGGGAAGGAGAGGUUACUAGGCCAGAGCUAAAAGUCAGUCGAGGGCAGGAGCUGAAACUCAGGAGUUUCUAGCCAAUUCCUUCCAUAGCUUCUCCAGCUACUUUCUAACCCUGGAGAAAUGUCCACCCUGGGCCCUGCUUCCCUGAUUGGUGACUUCCUCUUCUGGACCACUCACUACUUCAAGAAAAGCCCCAGCUAUGCCUCACUUUACCCCCAUUCUGGUCGCUCCUCGUGAGGAUCCUUUCCUCCUCUUCUCUCUCUCCUCUCCAUUCCCUUUUUGGAACCAUGAGUCAUGAUCAAAUGAACUCUGGCAGUGUUCUUGAAGCUCAGUCAACUCCUCUAGACCCCUAGACCUCAUGAUGGUCUCUCUAACCUUCCCUACCUAAGUGACCUUUCCUCGCCACUGCUCUUCUUUGUGGGUUGUCUCUCCUGUUAAAAUGGAAGAUCAUGGAGGCCGGGGACUGUCUUUACUUUUUGUAUUUGUAUACAUGUGGGAAGUUAGGGUAAGCAGCUCCUGAGCCAUGGGGGAAGAGACACUGGAUCAGUAGGCACCAUCUCAAGAUCAUAGGCAUUUCUUGUCUCUUCCAACUCCUUUGGGCCUGUGGCCAUAGGGCCCAAACUUGAUGUCUCAGUUCUGACUGACCUUGAGAAAGCCAAGAGGACUGAAAGGAGGAGGGGAGAGCUGUAUAAAAAGCCAAACUCUACUCCCCCUCCAUCCUUUGACCUGGGUACCUCCUUGAGAGGAAGUGGCAGUAAAAGCUGGAGAUGAGCUUUCCUGAGCCUGGAAUCAUCUCAUUGCUACAGAGGAUGUGCCCAGUCAAUUCAGAAGCCUUCCUUAUGGGUAACAACAGCAUGGUUAUCUCUCCCAGGAUUUACACACCCCCAUAGAUGGAUAUUCACUUUGUUGUUGUUGGGUUUUUUUUUUGUUUUUUUUUUUUUGGCAAGGCAAUUGGGGUUAAGUGACUUGCCCAGGGUCACACAGCUAGUAAGUGUUAAGUAUCUGAGGCCGGAUUUGAACUCAGGUCCUCCUGAAUCCAGGGCCGGUGCUCUAUCCACUGUACCACCUAGCUGCCCUUUGGAUAUUCACUCUUAUUUACAUUUCUUCCCUCCCACCUUUGCAAGGCACUGUGUCCUACCAUCCUCUAGCUAGGUGUCUCAUCCCUUUGCCUGAGUCUCAUCUCAUUCCCUUUGUGUGUCUCUGGGAGCAGGUGCUUUCAUAAGCAAAACCCCAGCAACCUGAUCACCCAGAGGCCUAAGUACAUGGGAGGGGUGUCUAAUGUUUGUUUACAUGUGGCAGCUUCUUCUUCCCCCUGUACUUUCCACAGAGCAAAGUAGUGUGUACUCCUGUGGAUUGUUGUCUUUCCCAAUAUUGUCACCUUGAAAACCCCAGCUAGCUUUUUCUUCAUGGGACAGUGAACAAGCAAGAGCUAUCUGAGCAGAGCAGGGGUGAUGUGGGGAGUCCAAAGCAGGAAGCCUGCCUAGUAAGCUUCACUGUGUCUUGCUGGGUAAAUUUGAAGAAGUCAUUUAAAAUUCUCUGGAUCUUAUUUCCUCCAUGGGAUAUGACUUGCCUUGGAUGGGGAGUGUUUGCAGUCCUUGAAGCACCACCUGGCUGGUUGGACUGCAUCCUUGCACCCCCUGGAGGCUGGCUCCUGGAUGGGAGUGAGGAUAGAGUGAAUUCUGUGAAUGCAUGGCUCUUCAUUGUCCAGCAUAAC